AUUAUCUAUAGAAGGACCCAAUCAUAAUAACGGCGAGUCAGAACAACAUCUACAUGGCAAGUUUAGCGCAGAGAGUUAUCCGGGCAAGUCCAACAAUAUUGCCCAAAUUCUGCCGUGCUGCAUCUCCGUUGACGACAUCAUGUGGCAGAAAAUCAUCAAGUGGUGUUAGCACCUUCUUCGAAAUCGACGAUGUCGUAUCCGGGCUCACAGAAGAAGAGAUACAGUUGAGGGAGACUGUGUUCAAAUUCGCUAAGGAGCAUGUCUAUCCCAUCGCCGCCGAGUUGGAUAAGACAGACAAUUUUGUCGGAAUGAGGGAAUUCUGGAAGAAGGCAGGAGAAAUGGGUUUCCAUGGCAUUACAGCACCAGUUGAGUAUGGUGGAGUGGGAGGCUCCUACAUGGACCAAGUCCUCAUCCUGGAAGAGAUCUCCCGGGCGUCGGCUUCGGUUGCACUCUCCAUGGGGGCACACUCCAAUCUCUGCAUCAACCAAAUGGUGCGCAAUGCCAGCGCUGAGCAGAAAGAGAAAUACCUACCGGGCCUGAUACGAGGGGACCAGAUAGGAGCGUUGGCAAUGAGCGAGUCUGGAAGUGGAUCAGAUGUUCUCUCAAUGAGAUUGAAAGCUGAGAAAAAAGGUGAUUACUACGUCCUGAAUGGGAACAAGUUCUGGAUCACAAAUGGAUGCGAUGCCGAUGUUCUUCUGGUCUACGCAAAGACAGACUUCAGCGCAGAAGCAAAGGAUGGGGUCACAACAUUCAUCAUUGAAAAGGGAAUGGAGGGGUUCCGUUCAGCUCAAAAGGUAGACAAACUUGGCAUGAGAGGGUCCAGCACAUGUGAACUGGUCUUUGAAGAUUGUAAAAUACCAGUGGAAAAUGUUUUAGGAGGAGUCAACAGAGGGGUGAAUAUUCUCAUGAGUGGACUCAACAUAGAAAGACUCAUUAUUGCAACGGCACCCAUUGGUAUUAUGCAGGCAUGUAUGGAUGUUGCUAUCCCAUAUGUUCACCAAAGGAAACAGUUUGGAAGACCAAUUGGUGAAUUUCAGCUAAUGCAGGGCAAAAUGGCUGACAUGUACAGCCGUCUGAAUGCGUGCAGGAGCUACGUAUACAACGUGGCCCGAGCAAUGGACAGGGGACACAUCACCAACAAAAACAGCGCGGCUGUUGCCCUCUUCGCUGCCGAAAAUGCAACUCAAGUGGCCUUAGACGCCAUUCAAUGUCUCGGGGGAAAUGGCUACAUCAACGACUAUCCUGUAGGACGUUUCUUGCGCGAUGCCAAACUCAACGAGAUCGGUGCCGGUACCAGCGAGAUCAGACGAUUAAUAAUCGGACGAGCCUUGAACGAAGAAUAUAGGGCUUAGAUGGGGGCAGCCACAAGGAUGUUCCUUUACAAACAGACUUUCAUUGCUUCCUUUGUUUUAUCUUCUGGAUAUGACAGGGUAUACUCUUACAGUUAUCUACUGAAUACGAUUAUAAUGAUGACGAUGAUAAUAAUGAU